AAAUACGAAACCAGUUUGUAUCACCCAUGAAUAGAGGUGCAGAACGUCAGAACCGUCAGAAUUAUUAGAAUGUCAAGCAAGAGGAUGUGAAAGGUUUAGUGGAACGGCAUUGAGACGUCAUCUGAAAGAGUGGUAUUCCUACUGAAGAUCAUAUUUGCUUGGAAGAUACUGCUAAAAACAGAAAAUGACAGCUCUCCCUGAUCCGGAUAGUGGCAUAAAGAAACUAAAUGGAGCCAUUUAUCGUGCAUUGGUUGAGAAAUUAAACAAACGUGAUGCAUGGCGAAGACUAGCCUCUUCUCUCCCUCUUCCAAUACUUAAUGAAGAGAGUUUGGAACAAAAGCCAUGUCCUGCCACUACAAUUUUAAAUGCACUGGAUGAUAGAUUGUGGAAAGUAAAAAAUUUACGUUCAUUGUUGUUAAGGUGUGAAUUAUAUGAUGCUGCUGCUGUGCUCUCGGAACCUAAACCACUUACUAUAGAAGUCCAACCUGGGGAAGGUGAAGAUAAUGAUGUAUAUGUUCCCUUUGGUGGAGAAUUACGUUUAGAGAUUAUAGCCAAAGGUGUGCCACCUCCACGAUACUUGUGGUAUUGUGAAAAUGAAGAACUUACUGACCAGAGGACAUCUAUUUUACGAAUUGGUGACUUUGGGCUUCAACAUAUAGGGGAAUAUAAAUGCCUUGUCUAUCAAGACUGUUCUGAUGGACACUACCAAGAGUAUUCUGUUCCUGUCAAUGUUAUGAUGUUGCCGGAACCUCCUGUUAUUCAAGAACAGCCUGAAUCAAAAACAGUUAAUAUUGGAGAAGAAGUGAUAAUCUCUUGCAAAGCUGUUUCGUAUCCGCCCCCAACGUAUGAAUGGAUGCGUGAUAAUACCGUUUUGGUUGAUCAGAAUGGCCCUGUUCUUAAGAUACCUCAUGCUUCUCUAAGUCAUUCUGGAAUAUACAAAUGUUCAGUGAGCAAUGGGUAUAAUGUAAAAGUAACUGAACCAGUCAAAUUAUCUGUUACUGAAUGUUCUCAAGAACCAACUCGGGAAAUGCCAAUAGUUACCGAGAAAGUAGCUCUUCUUAUUGCAAAUGUAGAGUACGCCAAUCUUCAAGAUCUUUGUACACCAUAUAACGAUGUGAAAGCAUUAUCACAUGUUUUAAUGGACUUAGGGUUUAAGGUUCUGUCGUUGUGUAAUUUGACUUUGGUGGAAAUGAUCAAUGCUGUGAAGACUUUCUGCAAACUCAUUCCUGAAGGUGCCUAUACAAUUUUUUAUUUUGCGGGACAUGGAUUUGAAUUGCAUGACAAAUAUAUGCUACCUGUAGAAUGUCCUACUUCAGACAUGUAUCGACGUUCAGAUAGUCUUUGUGAGCGCCAUGUGAUCAAAGAGGUAUUAGCACGAAAACCAAAUCUCCUUUUGCUAAUGCUGGAUAUAGAAGAAAAUCCUGGAAUGCAUGAUGAACUUGUUGCUCCAAUUGUCUUUGAACCUCAACGUAAUCUAAUCCAGGCUUAUGCCACUACAAGUAGUUUAGGUGCUUAUGAACGUAAGACUGAGACAAAUGGCAUAUACAUGAAACAUUUGUUGAAGUAUUUAUCAAUAAAUGAGCCUAUAGUUAAUAUUUUAAACAAGGUUAUAGAAAAAAAUCUUCAAACUAAACAACUAUUUGAUGAACUUACCAGUGUUCAAAAGACUAGCAUCAUCCGUUUCGAUCAAAUUCGUUUAACAACCCCUCAUCAAAUCAGGCUUUAUCAGGACUGCUUCCACAAUGGAAUUGAAAUCCACCUUAAAGAUCUUGAUGAAUGGAGCAUUGGCUGUGAGAUACAAAGCACUGAACUUGAAAUGCAACUUAAGAUAGAUAAAGGAGUGAAGAUUUUAACCAUUCUGAAUCUUCAGAAAUUGAAGCCACCUAUUUUAGAUAUGACAAUUGAACUGAGAGAUAAAAGGGGAACCCUGGUUGAUAAUGCAUGGUUUGAAAUAGGACAAAUUCCUAUUGUAUCUGCCAAUUUGUGGUUCAGUCCUCCAGUGGAAGUAGAUCAGAAUGAAGAAGGUUCAGUGCUUUCUUUCUAAUUAUUCUUCAUUUUAGUACUAAGAAAUUAACCUGAGGGGAAAGGUAAUAAUUUUGAUUAGGAGGCCAACAGACUCUUGGAACCAAACACAUUUGUGUUUUAUUCUAUGGUUUUGCUAUGAUUUUGAUGACAGUGGGAUUCUUCUGCAAUGAAAUCUUGGGUUUCAAACAACUGCUUAAUUUUACAUGACAAUAUUUCCCUGAAAUAAGCAGUGCCUUAAAAUAAUGAAAAUUGUAAUAAAAGUAAAACUCUCUAGUCUUUAAUUUCAUCUCAUGUGUGCCUUGCUUAUUGGGUUAAUAGUACAAAUAUUUUGAAUGGUUAUGUUUGUAAGAUUGUCUUUACUUUUUUGUAUAUUUGAUACUGACGAAUUUGUGAAGUACAAAAAUUGGGAUAAUUUAUUUCAUGUUGAAUUUGUUUCCUUUGGGUGGGCUUCUAUAUACAAAAAGUAUUUUGAAUAAGUGUGUGCCUUGAAUGUAAUUUAAGGGAUUAAGUAAGAUUUUCCAAUUUCAUUUUAAUGCAGGAUUAAAUUCUAUUGAGAUAUUAACUUUUUAUUGAUGAGUAAUAGGGGUUAAUUAAUAUUAAUUUAGUAUUUAUAUAUAUAUAUAUAUUUGAAAAUACAUUGAGAAUAUAAGUAAAGGUAUGCCAUUUAGUCAUUAUUACAAUAAGCCACUGUUUCUUGAAUAUUACACCCAGAAACUGACCGCCAUUAUAUUGUACACAUUCCUUCAAGCGGCGAACGACAUCCUCCAUCACACGAUCAAUCUAUCAGAGAGGAUUUCCUGUAAGGCUUCUCGUAUCCUACUCUCAAGUUCUGCGAAGGGGAGUAAAAUCUGCUUAUUGCGCACACCAGUUGAUGUUUCCAAAUCUUGAAAAUAAUUGACCUUCAAAAGCAGAUCGCGAGAUGGCCUGGGAUUGCCGUGCUUUGUGAGAUGUUGUCCUAUACAGUUGGAACCUUACCUGAGGAAGAUUGUGGUGGCUGGAAGAAGAACAGUAUUUACCAUAUUCAGGAAGUAACUAGUAACUGUAACUAACUGUAACUAGUAACUGCAACAGUACGGCUAUUGUGGCCCUCGCUGAAAUAACUGUGAUGCCAAACGAAGCAACGGUACUACACAUUUACACAUGUUCACUAUGAUUCAGUUUGUCAUGCAGCUCACUUGGGUUUUCUGGUGCAUAGUACCGAACACCCUACGUUGGGCGAACAAUUUUAGGUGAUCGGGAACUUUGUCGUGGCGUCUCAACCUGAAAUGUCAAGGAAAGAGUCUUUGAAUAGUAAUGAGAGACUCGUCAUUUUUAAAGUAAGUUUUCAUAGAAAGAUCAUUGCUCUGGAUUCCACAAAGCUGUAAUUGCAAAUGACCCUCUUUUUUCCACAUACGUCGAGCUUGUGCAAACAGUACCCCUGUUCUACGUCACUAAAAUCAGGCUAUUCUUUCUGCGCAACCAUAUGUAGACACCUACACAAACACAAGAAGAAAACUUGAAUAUUUUGUGAGUAGCAUGUACAGUUAUUUUAAUACAGAAGAAUGCAUAUAUUUUAUUUUUCAUUCAUAUUUGUAAAUAAUUUUUGUAAAUGCGGUUAGUUAUAAAAUGUUUUGGAUAUGUUAUCAAAAUCUAGGUGCUGGUGACGUGAUGUUUUUGAGGAAACUAAUUUUUUGGGCAUAAUGCAGUAAUUGUACCAUUGCCUAGCAGUUUUAUUGUUAUAUUGUAAAGUGUAUUUGAGUAUUGGUGUGUGACUAAGUUUGUAGUCUAAUAUCACUCCAGAAAAGUGUGCAAGAACUAUUAUAUUUUCAAUUAGAGGAAUUUUUAUUGAACUUUGUUACAUUACAUAUAUCGAACAGUUAUCUUAGUGUUAGGGUUUAGAUUAUAAAUUUUGAUCAUAUGUGCCUUGAUUUCUUGGUUGUAAAUAAAGUAAAUUUCAUUGUUUGUCUAAAUGUCAUAUGUAUAUUGUUGAAACUAACAAUUUAUAUUUAAAUACAAAAUUUGUUUUUCUUUGAACAA